GACUUGCUAUUGGUGUCAAUUGACAUAGAUACAGUUGCAUUUGCAGAAGUAUAAUUGUUCUGAAGUAUAGUCUUGCAAUUAUUUCUCAUUCCUGGUAAAAUUCAAACUAAAAGAGUUUUUUCUGUAAUUACAUCUUUGUGAUGCAUAACUUUCUUACCAUUUUGAAUAUUUCUCAUUAUUUUAUUACUAAAUUAUAUCAGUUCUUCCUAUAGUAAAAUUCACUCUAACUUAGGACCACGAUGAAAGCUACUGACUGCUGAACACUAAUAUAGUGCAAAGAUCCACAAUUAACAAGUUCUCAGAACUUUCAAUAAUUUUGCAUGGAGCGAGACACAAAUCAAAUGUCACAAAGUUCUUCUCUGUGUCGAUCGGGCUGCGGCUUCUACGGUAGUCCGGCUACCGACGGACUGUGUUCGAAAUGUUACAAGGACGCUUUGAAAAGAAAACAGUUGACACCUCCUCCAAAUGUAACAGCAGGCGAGUCCUUGUUGAGUACAGCCAUACCUACCGUUCUUGCACCUUCCAGUUCGGAACCAACUAAAAAUGACAAUAUGCAAGGUGAUGAUGCAAAGCAGGAAGCAUCGACUAGCGGAACAAGUGCGACAGGCGGAACAGAAGAAACAGAAAAGGCCAGUUUGGAUCAGGCGGCUAGUCAAGAAGAAACUGCCCAACAGAAAGAUUCAAAGAAAACAAAAAAUAAAUGCUUUGUGUGCCGUAGAAAAGUUGGUUUAACAGGUUUUGAGUGUCGUUGUGGCGGCCUCUUCUGUAGUGCUCACAGAUAUUCUGACGAACAUAACUGUACGUUUGAUUAUAAAGGAAUGGGUGCCCAGGAAAUUAGGAAAAAUAAUCCCGUGGUCAUUGGGAAAAAGGUUCAGAAGAUAUGAAGAUUUGAUUUGUUAGUAUAACCAUAUUUGGAUUGUGGAAAACUGCAAAAAUUUUCCCUCGGUAAGAAUGACUCUCGUCGUAAAAUUGUCAUCAGAGAUGGAACCAAAUAGGAGCAAAAUUUAAAGAGAGAUAAUUUUACAAACGAUUAUAGUUACAACUCUUAGCCAAUAAUUAAAAUCAGCUUGAUUUAUAACUUUUGUUAAACUUUGAAAAUACAUAAUAAUCAUAUGCACACUAAUCCAGGCAAGGUAUAUUAUUUUUGUCAAAGUUUUAAUUGUGAUUUUAUAGUUUAUUUUGGAUUGCAGAGUCUCUUGGGAACGAAAGCUGACAACACGAGUUUUACAUUCUCAGCACGCAUACCAUCCAAAUUAUUAAAUAAAUUCUUAUAGGAUAAGAGUUUCAAGCUUUAUAAAUUAGUUUGAAAAAUAGAUUUAAAAAAAAAUAUGAAAAAGUAAAUGAGAGAUGUAUUUUUGUCAAUUAUCUUCUAAAUAUUUGAUAUUUAAUAGAGAGCACGAAAUGCCCAAACGGUCACUACUCCAUAAUAACUCUAUUCCUUCUACGUCAAUUUGUUUUUUAGUAAUUAUUGUCUCUGCUCGACUUCAACCAUCUUUUGAUGGGAGACAGGCCGAAGCAUUUCAGUCUAUUUUAAGAUUUCGUGUAAAGAUUUAGCUUAUAGUUUACAAGAUGGUAGCUUUAGGAAGACAGCUGUUGCUGCCAUUUCUUUACUUCAAUUAUAUUGGGACUCUAAAUAAAUAAUUUUUGAUUUUUUUUUUUUGUCAAUAAAUAGAGGCUUGGAAUCGAGUAAAGUAUUUUGAGAGUAUUAUGAAUACCAAAAGUUAACCAAUGAGUGUAAAAUGCUUGACUUUUUUUGUCUGGUAACAGGAAUGUCAGAUAGUUGUGCAAGUGUACCAUAUUUUUUCUUGUAAAAAAAAAUAAAAUUUCAACCAAUAA